AUGAGCGAUGGCCUUUCGUCUUUGCAAAGGGAAAUUUUGGCCGGUUUAACGGCAGGCACUGUGACUACGAUCGCUACACAUCCCUUGGAUCUGAUUAAAUUACGUCUUCAGCUCUUGGCAACUACCAAUUCUUCACUUGGGUACGCAGAAGUAAUCAGAACGAUCGUUGGAGACUCUAAGAAGCACAACAACGUAAUACGCGAAGCCUAUAGAGGACUUGGUGUUAACUUACUUGGCAAUUCACUGGCCUGGGGGUUGUAUUUUGGGCUAUAUCGCUAUUCAAAGGAUUUGGUCUUCAAAUUAUGGAUUGAUAACAAUGCUCAAGAACACAAUGCAUUUCAAAAUGAUAGUCGAAUGGGGCCUCUACUCUACCUCACUUCUGCGGCUUUGAGUGGUGUAACAACUGCGGUGCUCACCAAUCCUUUAUGGGUCGUGAAGACUAGAUUAAUGUCCACAAGCGCCUAUGCCCAGAGAAGAUAUAAAUCAACUUGGGAUGGGAUCGUUAAGAUUUAUGAAAAGGAAGGUUACCAAGGUUUUUGGAGAGGGCUAACGCCCUCGUUAUUUGGUGUUGCUCAAGGUGCCAUAUACUUUGCUGCUUAUGAUUCAUUAAAACAUCGAUACUUCGCAAGAAAGGGAAUAAGGAAAGAAGAAAAGCUGGGCAAUGCCGAAAACAUAGGACUCACCUCUGUAAGCAAAAUGGUAUCAGUUACGGCAGUCUACCCUCUGCAAUUACUGAAAUCCAAUUUACAAAGUUUUGAUGCUAUUGAAAACCGGAAGACGUACAAAUUAUGGACUUUAGUCCAAUCAAUCUACGGCAAAGAUGGAAUCCGUGGUCUAUACAAGGGAUUGUCGGCUAACUUACUUAGAGCUAUUCCAUCCACUUGUAUAACAUUUUGUAUAUACGAGAAUUUACGGCAUUGGCUUUGA